UGUGCGGUAUGUCUGUCAUCUGCAGAUGGAAAACGGGCUUGAGAAGGCCAGUGACAAGAACACAGACCUGGAUGACAUUCUGAGUCAGAUAGCAGAGCUGGACAAAUGGAGAGAAAUAUUUGAUGCUCGGGGGUUGGAACUACAAGACUGUUUUGAAAAAAGACCUCUUGAGAGGCUUAAAGCUGAGGAAGAAACCGAGGAUGUUUCACGGUCUCCUUCAUCCCAUUCAUUCCACAGCAAUGCCAACCCGCUGAUGGUGCCCUACUCCAUCCCUCGUGCACUAGUCGUCUCUCCCAGUCUGGGUGGACACCCAGUUUCACCUGAACUUGCCAUGAGUCUGAGGAAGAUUUUGUUUGGAAACACAUUCCACAUCUUCAAUUAUGAGUGGAAGAAAUCCUUCUUUAAGUUCCGGGAGCCAUAUUCAAACCUGUCCUAUGCUUUGGAGGCAGAAAGAGGGGGAGCCCGUGCCAUUCAGAUGGCAGUCCAGGCCCACAUUAUCAAAUACCUGCUUUUCUCACAGCCAUUGAGCUCAGAGUGCUGUGGAACAGAGAGUCUGUUGGAGGUUGGGGAGAAAGAGCAGGAGAGGGCUUUGGCUGCUGCUUUGGCUGAUAUUUUAUGGACAGCUGGUGAGGAACGUACUGCCACCGUCUCCUUGGUUACGCCAGAUCGCUGCUUCACCCCCCACCUGGACUACAAACUGGACAACUUCACAGAGCGGUUGCAGCUUUUCACCUUUAAAGAGAAAGAAGACGUGACAAAAUUUAUAUAUGAACAUAUUCAGUGUUUCAAUGAGGAGGGAAGCCAUGGAGUCAUUCUCUUUCUGUAUAGCUUGAUCUUCUCAAGGUCGAUUACUAGACUGCAAGAAGACCUGGAUUUCAGCACGACUCAUCUCUUACAAUUUGGCUUGGGCAACUUUGUUUGUCGCCAGGCUCUUUUAAACCUGUUGUUGACCGGCCGUGCCAGUCCUAACGUCUUCAACGGGAAGUUGUUGUGUGAUGAGCAUGGCAACGCACUUGACCAACCUCUCCAUGGAGUUCUGACUCGGAGCAAUGUGGGAUACCUACACUGGAGCCGAGAGCAAGCAGAACAUGCAAGUCUGCCUGCUGUGGGAAGCAUGUUGAAGACACCCAAACUGCCUGUUUGGGUUUGCAACAUCAAUGGCACCUACAGCGUUUUAUUUAGUCCAAACCGAUCUCUGCUGUCUGACUGGAAGAUGGAGCACCUCUUCCACCUCUACUUCUACAAUGGCCAACCAACCCAAGUCAAUACUGCAAUGCUCACCAUAGACACACAUUCUCAUCACUGGGAGGCUAAAAGCAGAGAUGGUCAAGGAGACCCUGAGAAGAGGUUCCCCUCUGUGGAGAUGACCAUCAGGACUAAAUGGGAGGGAGCGGCAAUUGACUGGAAUGGGACAGUACCUUUCUUCUAA